AUGACAGUUCCACAAAAGAAAAGCUACAAUAAAGCUCCUUUCGUUACAAGAGCCAACAAAGAAAAAAGUGGUUUUAUAAUUUUUAUUAUUGUAGAAGCCGGUCAAGUUUGCGCAAUAUUUGGUUUUCUUCUUGGCACGGGAUUAUUCGAAACAUUAUAUUGUUCAAAAUAA